AUGGCAGGUUGGACCCAUACAAGGAUGAAGGAAUUCUUCCUAAUAGGCUUAACUGAAAGUCCCAAUCUGCAGAUUCCUCUCUUUCUGCUUUUCACCCUCAUUUAUAUCAUCACACUUUUAGGUAACUGGGGGAUGAUCCUCCUGAUCUGGUUAAAUGCCCCACUGCAUACGCCAAUGUACUUCUUCCUCAGCAACCUCUCCUUUUGUGACAUCUGAUACUCCACUGUUUUUGCUCCUAAGAUGCUGAUCAAUUUCUUGUCCAAACAUAAGUGGAGCACAUUUUAUGGCUGUGUUUUACAAAGCUUCUUUUUUGCAGUGUAUGUAACCACGGAGGGCAUCCUACUGUCCGUGAUGGCUUAUGACCACUAUGUGGCCAUAGCAAAACCCUUGUCAUAUUCAGUCCUUAUGACACAGAGCGUGUGUAUUCAGAUGGUUCUCGCAUCCUACCUGGGUGGGCUCAUUAACGCCCUGACACACACGCUAGGUCUGCUCAAGCUGGACUUCUGCGGCCCCAACAUCGUGAAUCAUUUCUUCUGUGACAUCUCCCCUCUCCUGAGGCUGGCAUGCUCUGACACCCAUGAGAAUGAGCUGGUGCUUCUGGUAUUUUCUGGGGUCAUCGCAAUGUUCACUUUCACUGUGGUCAUGGUCUCUUACAUCUGCAUCGUCAUUGCCAUGCAGAGAAUCCGCUCAGUGCAGGGGAGGCUCAAAGCCUUCUCCACCUGUGCCUCACAUCUGAGUGCCGUGACCUUACUCUAUGGGUCCGUGACUUUUAGUUACAUCCAGCCAAGCUCCCAGUACUCCCUGGAACAGGAGAAGGUCUGUGCUGUGUUUUAUACAUUGGUGAUUCCCAUGCUAUACCCACUGAUUUACAGCUUGAGGAAUAGUGAUGUGAAAACUGCUGCCAACAGGUUAAGGUCAGUGUGGUGCAGAUGA